AUGUCAAACCGCGACGACCUUGCUGGCUCCGAGUCGGACGAUGAGCCUUUCAACUACGAGCCUGCUGUUGGUUCCGACAACGAGGAUGAAGUCGCCAGGACCUACGAUCAAGAUGACGAGGAUGAAGUGAGGCCGGGCAGAACGGGCGGCAAGAAGCCCAGCAGACACCAAAGCCCCGACGAAGACGAAGGUGCCGCAGCCGAGGACGACGAGGAGGGCGGUGAAGAUGAAGAAGGCGGUGAGGAUGACGAGGAAGAUGAAGAGGAUGACGAGGAAGACGAGGACGAGGAGGAGGUCGUGGGUCACCAACGCAAGCGCCGCAAGCGUGAUGCCCGCCUGCAGUUCAUCGAUGUGGAAGCCGAAGUCGACGAGGAAGACGAGGAGGAGCUUGACGAGGAUGACGAGCUUCCGGAGGAGACUCACCCCGACGACCUGCUUGACAUGCCCGCCGGCGCCGAGAACGACGACCGUCGCCACAGAGAACUCGACCGACAACGCGAACUCGAGGCUAGCAUGGACGCCGAGAAACAGGCUGCCGCGCUGAAGGAGCGCUACGGACGCAACCGCGCAUCUGCCGUGAACUCCGACGUGCUUCCGCAGAGGUUACUUCUUCCCAGUGUUGAUGAUCCCACCAUUUGGGGUGUAGGAUGUAAGCCCGGAAAAGAGAAGGAGGUCGUUUACGAUAUCAUGAAGAGGUUUGAGGACCGUUUGGGCACUCGCGAACCUCUUGAGAUCUGCUCCGUCUUCGAACGCGGCGGCGUCGCGGCUGGUUACGUUUAUGUCGAGGCUCGGAAGCAGGCCGCCGUCAUGGCUGCCUGUGAGAACAUCUCGUUCUGUUACGUCCGCGGCAAGAUGGUGCUGGUCCCUCUCAAGGAGAUGCCGGAUUUGCUUCGAGUCAAGAAGUCGAAGGAGCUCACUGAGGGCAUGUACGUCCGUGUCAAAGGCGUCAGUCUCUAUGCUGGCGACUUGGCCCAGGUCCACGAGGUGGAGGCGAACGGAAAUGAGGUGGCAAUCCGCCUUAUCCCUCGCCUGGAUUAUGGACUCCACGACGACCCUAACGCCCCUGCUGAUGCCAAGCGCAAGCGCCCCGGCCCUCUCACAACCCGCCCUGCUCCGAGACUGUUCAGCGAAACCGAAGCCAAGAAGAAGCAUCUCAAGUUCCUGACCCAGGAAAACUCCCUGUCCGGCCACCGAAUCUGGACGUACAAGAAGGAGCGUUACAUCGAUGGAUUCCUCCACAAGACUGUCAAGCUCAACCAACUCCAGACGGAAAACGUCAACCCGCGCCUGGAGGAAGUUACAAGAUUCGCAGCCGGCGGGGAUGAUGGCACCGAAAACCUGGAUCUCGCGGCUCUUGCAGCAACCCUGAAGCAAGCCUCGACCGGCGCCGACUUCAUGCCUGGCGACAUGGUAGAAAUCUACCACGGCGAACAGCAAGGCGUGUCUGGCAAAGCGAUUGCAGUGCACAACGACAUUGUGACGCUCAGGGUACAAGAAGGCGAGUUGAAGGGUCAGCAGGUGGAAGCACCCGUCAAAUCGCUCCGGAAGCUGUUCAAGGAGGGAGACCACGUCAAGGUCGUCGGCGGUAGCAAGUACCAUGACGAAGUUGGUAUGGUCAUCAAGAUCAGGGACGACCGCGUCACUCUUCUUACGGACUCCACCAACCAGGAAAUCACAGUGUUCAGUCGUGAUCUGCGUGUCGCGUCUGACAGCGGUGGCAUGCAGAGCGAUUCGAAGUACGACCUGUUUGAUCUCGUUCAGCUCGAUGCUUCUACGGUUGCCUGUAUCAUCAAGUUGGAUCGCGAGUCUCUCCGUGUUCUGGACCAAAACGGCACCGUUCGCACUCUUCUGCCAUCGAACAUCUCGAAUCGGAUUGACAGACGCAAGAACGCUGUCGCCACUGACCGGGAUGGCUCUGAGAUUCGCACCGAGGACACCGUGAAGGAAUACGGUGGUGAACAGCGCCAGGGCCGUGUCCUUCACAUUCACCGCAGCUUCCUUUUCGUUCAGAACAAAAGCCGUGCAGAGAAUGCCGGUGUUUUCGUCGUCCGCUCCGGAAACGUUACUACUGUUGCCGCCAAGAGUGGCAAAGUUAGUAGUGCCGGUCCUGAUCUGUCAAAGAUGAAUCCUCUCCUGCAGCGCCAGGAUCUGCGGAACGGACCCAACGGACCCGGCUCCAUGGCCCCACCAAAGACCAUGGGUCGCGACAGAAUGCUCGGCAAGACGGUCAUCGUCCGAAAGGGUGCUUACAAGGGUCUGCUCGGUAUCGUAAAAGACACUACUGACCUCGAGGCUCGUGUCGAGCUACACACCAAGAACAAAACCAUCACGGUGCCGAAGGACACCCUAAGCAUCAAGGAUCCCAUCACUGGAGCAACCAUCGGCGGCGGUGGUGGUCGCGGUCGCGGCGGGCCAGGUCAAGGCGGCUACGGUGGCUCCACCCCAGGCUCUCGCGUUCCCGGAGGCUGGGGCCAGUCUGGUGGUAGAACCCCCAUGGGAGCGCAGUCCGGUGGCAGGACACCAGCGUGGGGAGGGGCUCCCUCCCGCACGCCCGCCUGGCAACAGAGCGGCUCGGGCACAUCAUACGGCGGAGCCGGCGGCCGCACUCCAGCCUGGAACUCUGGCUCAAGCCGCACCCCCGCCUGGGCCGGCAGCAACGACGGCAGCAGGACGAGCUACGGCGGCGACGGCGGACGCACAGCCUACGGCGGUGGCACCGCUUACGGCGGCAGCACGGCCUACGGCGGAAGCACAGCCUACGGCGGCGACUCUUCCCGCAACCCCUCCUCAUCCACCUGGUCCGCCUCCUCCCGCACCCCCUACGGCGCCGGCUCCACCACCUCCUCCUGGGGCGGCAGCAACAACAACGCCCCCACCGACGGCGGCCGCACCCCCGCCUGGGGCGCCGCCGGCUCCCGCACCCCGGCCUACCACCCCAACUCUUCCUCCUCUAAAGACUUACACCACGCCACCCCCGGCUCCUCGUGGGCGACGCAUUCCACCCCCGGCGCCUUCGACGCCCCCACCCCGGGCGGCUUCAGCGCCCCCACCCCCGCCGCCGCCGACGUGCCGACACCGCGGUUUGGUGGUGGCAGCGGUGGUGGUGCCGGUGGCGGUGGUGGUGCUGGCGGUGGUGGUGCUGGCGGUGCGUACGGUGGUGGGUACGGCGCUACGCCUGCGGCGGCGCCGACGCCGGCCCAGUAUCCGGAGACGCCUGGGGGUUAUGGUGGCGGCAUGCCCGAGACGCCGGCGGCGGCGGGGGAUGAUGCUGGGUAUGAUUGA